AUGAAGUCUUCUUCGGUGAUUCUACCCGAAAGUGGCCAGAAAGUGUAUCGACUGAACCUGUUCUUUAACAAUGAGUUCGAGUCUUUCAAUGAUGACUCCUUCCAGGAUUCUGAAUACUCGGAGAGUAUGGCUUCUGGAGUUACAGGGCCACGUUCAACUCGUCGAAGAUGGCUGUAUCGGAUCAGAAGGCUUCGGUCAAGAACCAUUAAGUUGUACAGAAACGAGGUGUUCAGGAAUGUGCUAAAAUGUUCCAUAGCAUACCUUGUAGCUUCUAUGGGAGUGUAUUGGACACGGUUUGAUAAUUUCUUGGGUGUCACAGAUUCAAAGCAUGUUGUUGCAACCACAGCGGUAUAUUUCCAUCCAGCGAGGACGAAAGGAUCCAUGCAUCAACUGAUUAUGUUUGUCUUGAUCUCUUUGCUGUUCAGUUUCCUCGUAUCAUUGACCUGUCGUGCUACGUCGACUUUCUUUUUCAACAACGGUGAGGACGAAAUCAGUUUUGGCAUUGACCUUAUCAUCAGCUCAAUAGGUUUAGCUGUUAUUGCAUUCAUGAAACAGAAAGUGAACAAACAGACAUUCAAUACGGCUUGCUCCUUGGCAUCUAUCUCACUCAUCACAUGUAUUGUCAAGGAAGGUGCUUUAAACUCGUCAGUAAUACCUAUGCGAAGGCUUCUUUCGACCUCCCAGGUGGUCUUUGUGGGUUCUUGUGUCUCAGUUGCGUCAUGUUACUUAUUAUGGCCUAGGAGUGCUGUAUCACAACUAAGAAAAUCACUCAAUGACAACUUCAACAUUAUGUCGCUGUUGGUCUCGAUCACUACUCAUAGAUUCCUUAGUGGUGAGAAGCUUACUCAGAAAGACACAGAAAUCUUCGGUUUGCUCCUGAAAAAGUGUAGCGACUUAAGAGGAAGUUUGGAGGAAGCAGGCUACGAGCUACGCUUUGUGGGCAAGGAAGCUGAAUAUGCGAGCUACACUCAAAUUGUCGAUGCUACCAUAUCGCUCUCGAGGCAUUUACAAGCAUUGAGAUCCUCGUUAGAAAUGCAAUGGCAACUUCUUCAUGGCUCAGGCCGUAACUCACCAAAGCAAGCUGGUGCUGGUGGAGCGCAGCUUGAUACUGUUUCAAGCCGAAGCCUUGACAGUUACCACACGGAGGACAUUCGCCUUUCGCUGUCGGUGGAGAAUCUUAGCUCCCUUAACGCAUCCGAAAGAGCCGACCACCCGAAUGAUACAGAUCAAAGUGCCAUGUAUUCUAAUCAGCUUUUCGAUCUUUUCGUGUACUAUUUGGCACCAUCAAUCAAGCUGUUUGUUUUCACAGUGAAGGAAGUGUUAAGUGCUGUGCCUUUCGAACAUAAGUAUGUGGGGGAUAAGGAGCAGGAUGUCUUUGUCAAGUCUUCGAAUUAUCAGAACUCUUUAGUGAAAGCGUUAGAGUUGUUUCAAAGCAAACAGACUCACUCUUUUGGCAAGCUCUAUUCACAGGAGAUUUUCAAACCGGAUAACAUCAUGUUCAAAACUGACCAGGAAGAAGUAACUGCUUGCUGUGGAAAUUUCGCCUCAUUGCUAGCAUUAUAUGGAGAGGAGCUUAUUCGUUUCUUACAACUCACAGAACACUUCGAAGUUGUUGCUAAGGCUCAACCUCGAAGCUGGUCUUAUCUCAAAUUUUGGAAGACUCGUCUGAUUGAUAAAAAGGCGAAACAGAAUAACUAUGAGACAGAUUUUGUGGAAGCGUUGCGAGAGUUCAAGGCUCAAUUCAGCCCUCUUACCUUGAGACAACCAACCGAAACCACUGGAUUAAUUACUAGAAAAGAAAAGGUGGAGUCUUUCAGAAGAAAGCUUUGGGAGUCACUUUAUUUCUUCCGAAGAAUUGAUAUUCAAUUUGGUCUCAGAGUUGGCGUGGGUGCCUUUUGCAUAUCCCUUUUUGCAUUUCUCCCACAGACAAAAGAGAUUUUUGUAACAUGGCGAUUAGAGUGGACGCUUGUUAUCUACUGUAUCAUGAUGAGUAAGUCGUUGGGUGGCACGACUAUGACAGCCAAAUGGCGUUUCGUUGGAACCUUCCUAGGUGCUUUCAUCGCAUGGGUUGUAUGGGAGUCGACAGGAGGUAAUGUUUAUGCGUUGGCUACAACCGGGUUUCUUCUUUCCAUUCCAUGCUUCUACAUCAUCAUCUAUUGGAAGAAGAAUAACCCUUUCGGACGCUUUAUUUUGUUAACAUAUAACUUGACGGCGCUAUAUUCUUAUAGCAUGACGCAGAAUGAUUCUGAGGAUGGCAACGAAGGAGGAGAAGAGCCUAUUGUGGGUGCCAUCGCCUACCAUAGGUUUGUGUCAGUUUCGAUAGGUAUCCUAUGGGCCUUGUUCGUUGCUACAUGCUUUCUUCCAAACAGUGCUCGGAAACGUCUUAAGUCGGGACUUACUGUCUUAUGGCUUCGAAUGGGUGUUAUCUGGAAUAGCGAUCCAUUGGAGUUUAAAAGUAUCGAUGAUGAGCCUCCUAGACUUGUCGGUCUCAAGGAUUAUAAGGGAACGAGUACACUCUUUUUGGAAUGUCAGACAUUGCUAAAACAAGCACCACUUGAAUUGCGCUUGAAAGGUAGCCUCCCAAAAGCGACAUACGAAGAGCUACUUAAGAGUACAUCGAAUGUUUUGGACGCUUUCCAGAAUAUAAAGUUGAUGGUUGAAGUUGAUCCAUGUUUGACUCCAAAUGAAGUUUAUGUCCUCAAAUACAUUGAAAAUGAACGAGAGGAACUCGAACAUCGGAUCUUCUUGAUAUUUUACAUGAUUGCCAGUGCAUUGGCUCUUGGAUUCCCACUUCCAUCGAAGCCGGCUUCCACUGAACAUGCAAGGAACCGGAUGUUGUUGAAGCUUAGCGAGGUCAGGUCGAAGUCGGUAAGUGAGAAUCUAAAGCUUUCAAACGAAGAUUACGUUUUGUUAUAUUCGUACCUCUUGGUGACAUCUACUAUCACAAAAGAACUUGACAGGAUCAUCGAGCUCAUCAAACAAUUACUUGGUGGAUUCUCAGAGGAAAUAUUUUAUUUGGUAUAG